AUGGCGCAGCAUUAUGCCUACUCUGCGCUGCGUGCAGGGCGCGAAACAUCCUUCCUCUCCUUCGACGACGCGCCCAACUCGCCCAAUCCACAACCCCUUGGCGACGCACCACAGUCCUUCUCUCCCAACCUUGACGGUUCUCCACAACACUCGUCUGCCUCUCACGACCGUUCAUUCCCCAAUGCAGCCUCACACUCGACUCGCGCCUCACCAUCCAAAGCAUCUCGAUUCCUACGAUCACGACCCGGCAGUUCCAAGGAUCUCGCCGCCAAUGUCGACCAAGCAUACAAUCCCGGCGAAUCCACUUCGCCGACCAGGACAGGUGCCAAACCUGUCUCUCGUGGAAGUCGCCUCGGCGCUCUCUUGGGGAGAAGUUUGCCUCAGAACGAUGCGUCGCAUGCGAGAAACGCUUCGUUGAGCUCGACCAACAACACCGAAGGAGCGAGCUCAGACGAUUCGGGCUUCUUUGCAAGACGCGCUCGGAAAGCGUUCGCCGCCAACGAGGAUGUGGACGAACGCGUCCAAUCCUCCGACAACACUGCCAUGCUUACGUCGGGUGAAUCGCGACGGGAAGCGGCAAGAGCGGCGAGCGCUUUAGGCAUGUUGGAUUACAAACCAGAUCCUGCAGUCCAAGCGGAAAGUGGCGGGAUGAGCAUCAGCAAUGGGCGAUUGGCGAGACCUUCUUCACAAAACAUCCUCAUGGGGCCUGCCACUUCCAGUGCAGACGCUGCGGCCACAACGUCGGCUGGUACAGCACAAUCUCGCGUCGGUCGUCUCGGUCGACUCGCAUACAAGAAGGAUGAUUCAAUAGCCUUUGUCGCCCAAUCGCGCAACGCGUCUCAACGCAUGGCUGCAGGCACGAGAAGCAGCAGUUUGCAAGGUUCCGAUCAUGCGUCUCAGCAGACGGGAGAAUCCUCGAACGGUGCUGCUGCUAUGCGUGGGCUCGGCAUCGAUGACGGUUCGGGGCAGUAUGCGCAGGGAAUGCACAAUAGCAGAUAUGAAGAGGCAGACGAACAAGGUGGAUCCGAUGCAGGAUUGGCAGUUGCAUCGAGCAGAGCGGAUAACGCCGCAACUGCAUCUUCGAGCAACGCAUCCUCACGUGCGCCUUCGGCCACCGGUUCGCAUGCCGCCAACUACCACAACCGAUUCAGCCGACAAGGUCUUUCGCAAGAGCUGAUCCUCGAUUCAUCCCACGAACUGGAAAGCAGAGCUGUGGCACACACUCAUUCCGAAGCGACACACUCUACCCGAACCUCGUACGAGAGAGGCAACGAUUCGCCUCGCGGCACUCUGUCUGAUGCCGCCAUCGCCGCGCUCGGUGCCAUGCCUGGAGCGAGUGCCGGCUCCUUACUCAACGCCAGCGGUGCACCUCUCAGCAGCAAGAACAUUCUCACGAUUGCACUCCAAAAGGCACAGAGCGCCGUCCAGCUCGACAGCGCCAACAACGUGCCCGACGCGAUCGCGGCCUACAAGCAGGCGGUGAGGCUGCUGGAGGAGGUCAUGGAGAGGAUCGCUCCGAGGAACGGCAAGCGGUCGAGACCGAGUAGGGAGGAAGAGAGGAGGAGGCUCAAGGUUAUUCACGAUACGUAUGCGGAUCGGAUCAGAUUGUUGUCGAUGAUCUAUUCUCCGGAUCCUGAUGAAGAGGAAAGGGAUACAAGUUACAGCGGACAUCAGCACAUCGGGUCCAGCAAAGCAGAUUGGCUGGAUAGGGUGAGGGACGAUAGUCAGGAGGAGUCGGCUGUGACGCCGAGGAUGAGGGAGGAGAACCUAGACGAAGGAGUGCAGAGAUCACCGAGAGAGGACAGCAAGAGCUUCUUGUCCAUGACUCCAGUGGCGACUGCAUUCCAGGCGACGUCGCCUCAGCCAGAUGCUGGUGCUGCGUCGUCGGCAGGCCAGAUCCGCCAUCCGUUCCCGAAAUCGCCGCCCCCGCCCAUGCAGAACAGGCCGCUGUCACCGCUUUCCCCCGCCCUCAACACGUCUCCGCGCCGACGACUACGCGAACACGCCCGACCUGGUUCAAGGGACUCGCAUGGUAGUCGUGCGUCCGUUUCGCUUUCGAUUGCGGACGAACAGGAAGCGCAAGACCAUCGGUUGCCACCUCCUGCGAUCGCAGAAGAGAUGCUCAGAAUCUCGGUCGAGGAUUCGGCGGCGAGCGUCGGUGGAAAGAGGCUGUCUUCAAACACGAAGAAGGAACGCCUGUCGCAGAUCCGAGGCGAGCAGGCGGCGCAGCAGCACGUUCGGAGCGGAUCGGAUGACUCGUACAAGAGCUCCACUGCCAGGUUGAAGCCCUCGAGCCAUCUGCCGCAACGCGUGUUUGGGUUGGAUGACGAGGUGCGCACGCCGUCUACGCCGUACUUUGAUGCGACGGGCGAGGUGGCGACCGCUCCGGACAACACAAGGUCCGGAGAGCAGGCCGUGCGACAACGCAAUCUGUCGAUGACUUCGGCGCCCAAGACACCGUCGGAGGCCGUGGCUACGGAGCGCGCAGCGGAGAAGCCGGUCAGGAUGAAUCUGGCGCAACGUGCUCGUGCGCUCAGCUUCAAGGGUCCGUUGCUGCGGCAGAAGGCGUCGAUGCCUUCGCUCGGUGAUCGCAAGAGGGACGAUGCCGGUGAGGCUGCGAACGUGCCUGCUCUUCCUACGCGUCGACCCGGGUCUGCCGAUUCCACCUCGAUCGAGCCUCAGAAAGACCACCCUACGCCUUGGGAUCUGGAGCAUGGCUCCACCACCGCUGUCCGCCCAGCGUCCAACCGACCCCGCGCAUCGACCGCCUCGGCGCUCGUCAGCGCCUCCACUUCCGCCGGUACCAUCAGCCAACGUCGCAAGAACGACCGAGCCGUCCAAGGCCUUUCCGACGAACUGGAGCAGCUGGGAAUGAUGGAGGAGGCGGCUCACAAGACGACGAGCUCGACGAUCCGGCAGAGGUCGAAUUCGCAACCCGGAUCGAGGAGGCCUUCGAUCCCGGCGGCGUUCGUUGCGGCGAACGCGGGUGCUUCGGGCGGGAUGUUGCCGGCGACGCUGAGCGUUGAGAAGCUGCCGCCUCCUGUACCGAACCUGGCGAGGACGCUGUCUGCGCUGGAGCUGAAGAAGGCGGGGGACGGACAGACGACGUUUGGGAGAGCGGGCGGGGUGGACGCUUCGUUUGCUACGAGCGGUGCUGGCGAUGUGUCGGUUUCGUCGUUGGCUAUGCCGCUGCCUAGGCCGUUGGUGAAAGACGCGUCCGACUCGACGACGACGACAAAGGACUUUUUGAUCACCGACAUCUUUCCGUCGGGUCUGCCGUCGCUCGCGGCCGGUGCACCGUCGUACGCCUCUGCCAACGUCCGGUCGCUUGCACCGCUUCCAUCGCUACCCGCCAUCCCCACGCAUGCGCUGCUCAAACCGUUUGGCAUCAUGGAUCAGCUGCGACAAUCCAUCAUCUCCGGUGCGCACAUCACUGAACGACUGUACCUCUCUCGCGCCGCGUGGCGUCAGGCCGGCGUCAAACUCGUUUCGGUCGAGACCAAGUUGCGGGCGAUCGAGGUGUUGCUGACUGGGCUGGAUACGGUAGAGAAGGUCGGGGAGGCGCUGCUGAUGCCGUUGGGUAGUGGGGCAGGGUUGGAGACGUCGAACGCGAGCCGGUUUGUCAAGUGUCUCGAUGAGUGGGAGGUGGUGCUGGUGGAGGUGCAGGGUACGUUGAGUCGGAAACUGCCGUUUUUGGAGGGUGUCAAGGACGGCAGUGUGGGUGGUGCUGCAGGUGGGACGGGGAAGAGCAAGUUUGCGAGCAGGUUCACGCGCGGGUUGGACAGAAUGACGGGCGGGGGAGGACAGGCGAAGACGGUGGAUUCGAGCAGCAUCGGUGCGUACGUGGAUGCACUCAUGCGCUUGUUCGGCAAAGCGGGUGUGCUGGGCAAGCACAUCAAGUGGUUGCUGAUCGCGGAUGGGUUCGGUGCGCCGCUCAGCCCGACCACGCCCAAGACCGCUCUCAGCUUCGGCGACACGCCCGUCCCCUCCCCCACCACGGCGGUCGGAAUAGCACAUUCCAACCGAACAGCCUACAGCGCUCUACCGCCUGCGCUGAGGAGCGUUCUGCAGAACAAGCUGGGCAAGAGCUCCGAGUUUUUCGGUAGGGUGGUGCUGGCGUGGGUGCUGCAGGAUGUGAGCGUGCUGUUGGAGAAAGGAGUUGCUGGAGCAGGAGGAGCGGGAGGUGGCGGGAAGAGGGGAAGUGCGGGGGCGAGUGGCUUGUUCGAUUGA